AUGAGAAUAACUGCCAGGACUAAAGUCAUUAGGACUUACGAAGUAACGGCCACGGCAGCCAGUUCCGUGGACAGUGAUGAUUUUCCUGAGCCGACACCAGAAGAGCAAAGUACCCUCCGUAAAGUCGCGGGUAGCUUGCCGAUCGUAUCCUACUCGCUGUGUCUGGUUGAGUUUGCUGAACGAGCUUCCUACUUCGGUUCGCAGACUGUCUUCUCCAACUUCAUUGAAUUUCCUCUCCCGAAAGGCGGGAAUGGCGCCGGUGCUCCACCACGUGGGACGCAGGAGACUGCUGGAGGGUUGGGCAUGGGCUUGCAGGCCAGUUCCGGAUUGGUGCUGCUGUUUGCCUUUCUGGCUUAUAUACUUCCAAUUCUGGGAGGAUGGUGGGCUGAUGUUCAUGUCGGCCGAUAUAAGGCUAUUUGUGUUGGUGUCCUGAUCUGUGGUAUCGCACAUUUGAUCCAGAUCUUUGGUGCCAUUCCAUCUGUCCUGCAGAAGGGCACGGCGCAUUCGGCGCCCCCGUUCAUCAUCAGCCUGCUCAUCCUGGCGCUUGGCGCUGGUAUAUUCAAGCCAAACAUUGCACCGACCAUCUUGGACCAGCACCGGAGCAAGCAGGCAUAUACCAAAGUGCUCAAAUCCGGGGAGAAAGUGAUCGUGGACCCCGAGCUGACCAGUAGCCGCACCAUGCUAAUCUUCUACGGGGUGGUCAACAUCGGUGCCUUUUACAUGCUGGCUACCACGUACGCAGAGAAGUACGUGGGCUACUGGCUGGCAUUUCUGCUGGCGGGGAUUAUCUACUUCCUCUUGCCAGUGGUGCUGGCGUUGGUCUACAAGAAGACCUACAAGCAGCCCCCGAGUGGGACGUCCGAUCUAAACCACGCGGUAAAGAUUAUCUCCAUGGCGCUGCGGCGCAACAAGUUUCGAAUCUGGCGCAGCAACUUCUUUGACGCAGCGCGACCGAGCAUCUUGGCCGCGGAGGGCAUCCAGGUGGAAUGGACCGACAAGCUGGUAGAUGAUGUUCGUCGGACCUUGGUCGCGACGGAAGUGUUCUUUUACUUCCCAAUCUACAACAUCAACGACGGCGGUAUUGGCUCAGUUGCAAGUAACCAAGGUGCCUCGAUGACGACGAACGGAGCUCCAAAUGACCUGCUGAACAACUUCAACGCGCUAACCAUCAUUGUGAUGACUCCCGUAUUGAGCCACAUCCUCUACCCCCUGCUAUUGCGCUACAACAUCAAGUUCGGGCGGAUCAACCGAAUCACCUUCGGCUUUGUCCUGGCCAUGAUCUCCGGGGUGAUCGGUGCCAUCGUCCAGUGGCGCGUGUACAAAACUUCGCCCUGCGGAUAUUACGCCUCGUCCUGCGAUGCGGGCGUCAGUCCAAUCCUGAUCUGGUGGCAACUUCCAAAUGUCAUUCUGGGUGCCCUGUCAGAGCUGUUCUGCAACGUCACGGCCUAUGAGCUGGCGUAUGCGCGCGCUCCCCCUUCCAUGCGCGGACUAGUCAUGGCCAUCUUCCUGUUCACCACUGCGCUGUCCAGCGCACUGGGUGAGGUGUUAAUCCCCGUCACACAAGACCCUUAUUUAAUUUGGAUUUGGGGCGCGCCCGCAGUGGCGUUGGCUAUCCAGACCAUAUUAUUUUGGUUCCGCUUCCGAUCGCUGAAUCAUGACGAAUUCAUGAUCGAGGAGAAGGAUUAUGCAGAUACCACGCGCAGGACGGAGGGUAAACGGGGGGCCAAGGAGUUGUAA